CAUAUUGAGAUCAUCAACACAGCUAAUCUCAUCAAAUCAUCUUCGUUUUUGUGUUAUUAUCAAUUCCUUGGUCCAUUGUUGUUUAGAUCCUAAUGGCUACUCGUCCCUUAUCAACCCUUAAAGCUUCUUUGGUACUUGGUAUUCUUAUAGUCACCAUGAGCUUUGAUUUUCUUAUUAUGUCAGUGAGCGCAAGGCAUCUCUUGGAGACGCCAAUACCUCAUGGACCUGAAGGGCUUCCAAAGCCUGAAAUACCCACUUUGCCAAAGUCAGAGCUUCCUCCACUACCGAAAGUUGAGUUACCUCCACUGCCUCAUCUUCCACCUCUAGAAAAGCCUAAAGUCCCUGAAUUGCCAAAGCCUGAACUUCCAAAGUUGCCUGAAUUACCAAAAGUACCUAACUUUGAUCACUCCAAAGUUCCUGAAAUUCCAACCAUGCCUAAGUUUGAUCUCCCUAAACUUGCUGAAGUUCCCGAUCAUCUACCAAAACCUGAACUCCCAAAACUACCUGAACUACCAAACUUACCAAAACCAGAACUCCCUAAAUUGCCCGAAUUACCAAAUAUUCCUAAACCAGAACUUCCCAAAGUACCCGAAUUGCCAUCACUCCCAAAACCAGUAUUGCCUUCUCUUCCAAAGGACAUACCUUUCCCUUCAUUUAACCCACCCCACACAACCACAACUACUCCUUGAAUACCAUACUGAAUCAUAUAUCUAAAAGAACACAGCUGCAUUUAUAAUUAUACACACUUCUUCAUGUUUUUCUUAAAUUUUCCCUUUGUGUACGAGAGAUUUUUAUGUUUGUUAUGUUUUCUUUUUCUAUCAGUGUACUGUGUGUUCGUAUCUAUAGACUGUUGUUCUCUCCACCUAUUAAAACAUUAUAUUAUGAAUACAUAUUUCUUUUAGUGUGUAACA